AGCAGGAACAGCAGGCCUAGCCAGCCCAGAAGGUUAUGUGUGAGCAGUGUAAUUGAGAUCACUGUUGAUCCAGGUCUUGCAAUGACAGAGGGCACAGCCUCAGGGACACACAGUGCUUCUGGAACCAUGGAUGAUACUAUUGUCCUUAAGCGUCGUGGGUACAUAAUGGGCAUCAAUUUGGGAGAGGGUUCCUAUGCAAAAGUUAAAUCUGCUUACUCUGAGCGCCUAAAGAUCAAUGUGGCAGUUAAGAUCAUUGAUAGGAAGAAAGCCCCAACGGACUUCCUGGAGAAAUUCCUUCCUCGGGAAAUUGAGGUUAUGGCCAUACUAAACCAUCGAUCCAUCAUCAAGACCUAUGAGAUCUUUGAGACAUCACAGGGCAAGGUCUACAUCGUCAUGGAGCUUGGAGUUCAAGGUGACCUCCUGGAGUUCAUCAAAACCCAGGGGGCUUUGCAAGAGGAUGAUGCCCGCAAGAAGUUCCACCAGCUCUCCUCAGCCAUCAAGUACUGCCAUGACCUGGACAUCGUCCACAGAGACCUUAAGUGCGAAAACCUUCUUCUUGACAAGGACUAUAACAUCAAAGUGUCAGACUUCGGCUUCUCUAAACACUGUGUCCGGGAUGACAGUGGUCAGCUGACACUUAGUAAGACCUUCUGUGGGUCAGCCGCCUAUGCAGCCCCUGAGGUGCUACAGGGCAUCCCCUACCAGCCCAAGGUGUAUGACAUCUGGAGCCUGGGCGUGAUCCUCUAUAUCAUGGUCUGUGGCUCCAUGCCUUACGAUGACUCCAACAUCAAGAAAAUGCUGCGCCUCCAGAAGGAGCACCGUGUCAACUUCCCCCGCUCCAAGCACCUGAGCAGCGACUGUAAGGACCUCAUCUAUCACUUGCUGCAUCCUGAUGUCCACCGGCGGCUGCGCAUAGAUGACAUCCUUAGCCACAAGUGGGUGCAGCCCAAGAUACAGAGUUCAGUCUCCGUGGCCCCAGCCUUGGGAGAGAGCUCCCGGAGCACUGAGCCCUCUCGGACUCCUGAACCUACUACCCCUAGCAAGAAGCCUCCCACCAAGCCUGAGCCUCGGCAGGAGGCACAGCCUGAGGCAGGACCUGAGGCACAGCCCGAGGCAAAACCAGAGGGUAAGAUGCCAGUGACCAGGCAGCCGGAGGCUGUGGCCUUCCCUAGCCUGCACCAAGUCCAGGAAUCAGAGGAGAGCCCAGCCCAGCCGCCUGCAGAGCAGCCCACCCAGUGAACCCAUUAUAGUCCAAGCAGAGCUAGUGGACUGAACCCUGAGCCCAAAAGAAGGCGAAGAAUGAGCUCCUACUAUGUCAGUUCUUCUUUCCCUUGAAUUUGAUAACUCA